AUGUCGAUCUAUGAAUAUGCUGGUCAUCUGCUUGCUUAUGCGAAUGGACCGCCAAGUCCUCAACCAUAUUCAUAUGAAAUUGAAUAUGUCACAAACAAACCAAAUACAGAAUAUAAUAAUCAAAAACAGGCGGAAUGGAAUCAAGAAUACAAUUAUGGACGAAAUUAUAAGCAUUCUGAAGGCAAAGAAUGGGGUACAGGUUAUAACAAUCGGUAUAGUACUGGAAAUGAUGCCAAAGAUGAAUAUCAAAUAAUGAAAAUAUUAUCACCAACAUCUACGAUGAAAAACUUUGCUAAAGAAUAUUCUUGGAUCGAUUCUUCAUUUCCUAUAACUCAGAUAUCAAACAGUAAUCUACAGUAUAAAUCAGACAAUGAUUUUCAUCAAAAAACUGGUAGCCCAAUAAAGCACUGGUAUCACUGGCCAAGUAAAAAUAUUACUUGGCCAAAUUGGGUACCUAUCAAGGGUAAUAAUUAUGUUAAACAACCAGCACCCUGGUGGAAUUUAGGUACACAGCAAACCAACAAUGCACCAGAGUUGAAGUGGUUUGGAAGCGAAAGUGAUGAUAAUAUUAAUAAUAAAAAGGUUAAAGGUAACAUAAUUAGAAAACAAAAUAAACAACUUCUUUGGUCUGGCUCUGUUGGUUGGAAAGGAGAUUUAGGUGGUUUCGGCGAAAUACCAUCUCCACCUUGGGUAUCUACGCCCAUUCUUGGAAGAUGUUGUUAG